CCAAGCCCAUCUCUGUCUGCCCAGGUUUUCCCCAAGAGUCACGUCCUCAGCGCGCUCAAGACCAUCUUUGAGAAGAAUGUGCUGAGCUUCGCGGGCGGCACCAUGGGGGCAGUGAAUGGCAUGACGCCCGACGGCGUGCCCGACACCUCCAGCGUGCAGUCCAACGAGGUGUGGAUCGGGGUGGUCUACUCCCUGGCUGCCACCAUGAUCCAGGAGGGCAUGGUGGAGGAAGGCUUCCGCACGGCGGAGGGCUGCUACCGGACGGUUUGGGAACGGCUGGGCAUGGCGUUCCAGACACCGGAGGCCUAUCGUGAGAAGAAGGUGUACCGCUCGCUGGCCUACAUGCGGCCCCUCAGCAUCUGGAGCAUGCAGCUGGCCCUGGAGCGCCGCGCUGGCCGGGCACCGGCGCCCACACAGCUCCCCGGGGGCCUCACCCACCCUUGAGCCCUGUAGCCCUGGGCAGGGUACUGGGGGCACCACGGGCUGGCGGGGCUGCAGAUGGCAGGCAGGGACCCUCCCCUCCCACUCUGUGCUAGUACUCACAUUGCUGUUUUCCUUCCCUACCUCCACUACAUGCCCCUGA